CACGGUGUCAAACGACGGUGCGGUUUUGAGGUUUGACAACUCGUUCCAGUGUGCCAUUUUGUGUUCCAUAGAAGCGCAGAUUCGUCGUUCUCAGAUGUUGAAUUUCUGAGAUUCAGGGAGCCAUUUUCUGAACUGUGAUCGCGAUAAUGGAAGCGUCACAAAGCGACAAUCACAAUUUUAGUCCAAGCCCUACUCCAAUUGGGAAUUCUUUAUCGUCUUCAGUGCCCCUCUGGCCGACUGUCGAUGGGCCACUUGGCCUCUCCGAGGAAGAUGCACUCAGCUACGCCCGCAAAUUCUACAAGUUCGGUUUCGCACUGCUUCCCUUGCUUUGGGCCGUCAAUUGCUUUUACUUCUGGCCUGUUCUCCGCCACGCACACUCCUUCCCUCGCAUUCGCCGCUACAUUGUUGCAUCAGCGGUUGGGUUUUCUAUAUUUGCUGCCCUUCUCUGUUCGUGGGCUCUAACAUUUGCCAUGGGGGGAGAACGCCUCUUUGGUCCUGUUUGGAAUGAAUUGGUUAUGUACAAUCUUGCUGACAAGUUAGGCUUGACCGGCUGGAGCUAGCUGAUCAUUGAAGAGCCAUGUGGAAAUAAUAUGGUGCUUUUUUCUUGGGGGAAAAACCUAGAUUUGAGGGGGAGCUCUGUCGCCAUUUGUGGUUCUAUUCGACUUGAUCUUGAUUAGUUUGAGCCAUUAAGUCCUAUAGGCGUCGUGGGGUGGAACCAGAGUAUUGGGUAGUCUAAUCCAAAAAGAUAUGAUGCUUUUUCUUUACUAGUUGCUUUUUUUUUUUUUUACACUGGCUUUUACAUGGAUGUUCAUUACUAUACAUUUGAGGAUGUAUUGUACCAUAUUAAAAAAAAAAAAAAACUAGAUUGGAAAUGAAACUAGAACGGAAAAAAAAAAAAAACGUCAUCGUAUCAUUACAUAUCAGUGACCGUCUCCAUGCGUUGGAUUCGUUGACAUGAGGUGACCGCUGAGAAGGCAAAAGCAAUCUAUUGGGCGUUUCUUUGUAAGACAAUGGUUUACGGUGUGACCUUCUCGUUAUGAAGAGUUGAUCCCAUCGUUUUGUGUAUUAGGCGCAGCUCGUAACAUUGACGCCCCCUUGUAAA